AAGACACAUAUACACAGAGUGACUACCUGCAUGUCGCUACAAUCCAGCUGAGAAAGAGAUGAGAAAGAGAUGAGAAAGAGAUGAGAAAGAGAUGAGAGCUGCUGAACUGCAUCAGAUCCUCAGGAUUUGGGGAUUUCUCUGCAUUUUCCUCCUGUUCCAAACAGGUUCUGUUCUGGAGGUGAUUGCUCCUUUCAGACAUAUUGCCAGAAAAGGAUUUAAUAUACUGAUUCCCUGCACAUUCCAUGUGGAUAAGUUCCCUGCUCAUCCCAAACUCUUUGCCAUAGAGUGGGAUUACUAUGGAAGGAGAAUACUGACGUAUGACAAUGGAGUGAACACAACAGAUCCCCGGUUCUCUCUCAACUCAACUACAGCCCCAUGGGGAGUGGCCUCUCUGUCUGUGUCUAAUACACAGGUAUCUGAUGGUGGGAGAUACACCUGUACAGUCACUUAUGGUACUGAGCAACAAGAGACACAAAUCAUACUGGAAAUUCAAGCCCCCCCACAGAUCACAAUCCCUAAUAAAGUUGUUAGUGAGAAUAAGACGAGUGUCCUGAGAGCCUCCAUCACUGGCUUCUACCCCCAGGAUCUUGAUGUUAAAUGGCUGAGAGAUGGGGAGAUAUUACCUGGUGUUACUGUGAAUAAGUCCCAGAGAGACCCAGAUGGCACCCACAGUACAACCAGCACAGUGACCAUUGUACCCACCAAGGAGAACAGGAACCAGAGCUUCUCUAUCCGGCUCCAACAUGAGUCUCUCUCUGUCCCUCUCCAGGAGGAUUUCCAGCUCAUCUAUGGAGUUGCCCCCUUCAUAACCAUCAUCUAUGAACCAUUUUAUGUGAAUAAGGAGCAGCCACUGAUGUGCAGAGUGUGGGGUUAUUACCCAGAAUCCAUUGCUGUGAGUUGGUUAGUAAGUGGAAGUCAUGUGGAAGCCUCAGAGAUAAAGAGGAUUAACAGUUCUGCUCUGGAGUCUUCCUACCAGUUCCUCCCAACAGCUGAGAGUCAGGGGAUGGAGAUCUCUUGUGUGGUGGAACAUCAGGCCCUCACCCAACCUCUUGUGCAAACACUAAAGGUGCAACUCACAGGGGGGUCACUGCUCAAAUUGCUGGGUUGUAAUUACCCUCUCCAUGGACAAUGUUGCAAAGGAAUCGGCGGCAUAAAAUGCAACUCUGUGUAUAAUCUACUGCAUGUGCAGGAAGUGAUGUCACCCCUGGGGGGAGCCAAGGGAAACAGGAAGCAGGAAGUGAGACAGUGAGGGGAGAGUUGAAAACUCCUGUGGAAAACCAGGUCUGAAGAGUGUUACCAGAACAGUGUGCCUAUGUAUGUAUGUAUGUAUUUAUGUAUGCAGCAAGUCAGGGAACAAGGCUGUAAUGAUUACAGAGCAUUAAUCUGCGAGUUCCUAUAUAUAUAUAUAUAUAUCUUAGCACAUGAUCUGUUCCCUUGUGGGCAGUCUGGCAAGGUGUGGGUUAACAUUGUGGUACAAAGUAAAGAGGCCACACUUGUGUAUUUAUAAUGAGAGUGAAUGCAGAACUGUCUGUACAUGUAAAUCAGAAGUAUGAACAAAUACACAGAAUAUCAGUAAAGAACAAAGUAAUCCAGUUAUUAACCAUUGAUUAACCCUUGUGGUGCAGCACAUAGAAGUGACAGUGUUGGGGACACUUUAUGUUGGUGACACUUAUCUGUAACCCUGGUGUUGCCUCCAUGAAUCCCAGUAAAUUUGUAAUUAAUGAAUGUGUAUCUAUAUAAUAUUCCCAGGGAUUGCACCACUAGUUAGUCCUUUUGGGCAGAAAUGGGCCAGUAACUAAGCAGGGGUGACUUGGUGGAACCUGGGGUCUAACCUACACGGCUCAGAGAACAGACCUCACUAAUAAAUCUUCUUAUGUGACAAUUCCCUGAGUCCCUAACUGGGCCCUACAUCUACAAUAGCUACAGUGAGGCUCAUUGAAACAGGAACCUGAGGGGCCUAAAUGGAGAGUGAAGUCCUUCCCUGACUGACACUCACUGACACACUAAGUGGAACUGGCAGUUGGUGCAGCUUUCCCUGCACUUUACCAACUUUACCUCCAAGGGGAUCUCUCUCUCCCUGCUGCUGUCAGAUCUGUGUCGGCUCUCUCCUUGCCGUAUUACCUUACUCUUUCCCAACAUCACUUACACAAAGCAUCAGCCUGACUGUUUCCCCAUUGCCUAAUGCUGCCCCCUUCAGGCUGGAGGUGACCUUUGCACCUUCCUCAUUUGUCUGCCUAUUAAAAUAUAUAUUACUUAAGUUAACAUUUGAGUGAUGUACAUAUAGGGUUGCCACCUUUUCAUUUGAGCAACUCCGGCAGGGGGUGGGGCAGCAAAUACAAUCAGUAAUAUAAUCAAGAAUACAUCAGCAUUUGAGUUAGAGUCAUCAUCUGCACCAAGAGACUGGGAGAUCCCGUUUCAGUCGGCAGAGAGGUCUCAAGCAGGAAUCAAAGGCCCUGGGCAGCACAUGUGUGUUUACUCCACAGGAGAGAUCUCAGUCAACAAAAUGGAGACCCUCGGGUUUUACUGUAUAUGCUCUCAUAUACAAUGAGUUCAUACAUGAAACCGCUUGGUUAGCAACAGACCUUGCUUCCCAUGCACUCAUCAGGAGCUGGUCAGGCUUCCAACAAGCACAUGCUAAGCAGAGAUCUUAUCUGAUAAGUUAGUCGCGCUUGAGUACAUAUUCUGCCAGAUGAAGCUCAACAAAAACCACUCUCAUUACACCUGUGGAGAAGGGACAGGGGCAUUACAAAUGCUCUUGUACACAGACAGCACUGGAAACAAAAAUCAUCUUAAAAUCACCUUUAUUUAAACAAAAGCUGAGAAAGGCCAGAGAGAUCUGAAAUAUUUGUCUUUGUAAUGUGCCAGUGGACUUGGCUACCAUGUGUCAUGCACUGAAUUACAGAGCUAAACGUUUGGUGAGUGAUGACAAUUUGCAAUAUAGUGACAUUCUAGACACUGUUAUUUAAUUGUUACCAUAUUAUUUAUCUGCAUGUGUUGUGUGAUUCCAGGAGAAAAUGAUUAAAGGGAAUCUCGAUUAUCUGUAACCAGGAUGUAACGUGACCCACAGAUUGUAAUUAACAUGAGGAACCUCUCUGAGUAUCCAUGAAUCAAUCCUACAUAUUGGGGUAUAAACAUCUGGAAAUUUUUUUACACAAGGAGGAAUUGUUUUUGGGAACUACAUACACAGAGUAUUUAUAAAGUUGGUUAU